AUGUCAGAGAAUCUGACGAUCCGCCGCAGCCGGCCAUCAAAAACCGCCGCCCUAAGCAAACCUGGCAAAACCGAUGGACUCCAAAACACCAUCGCCAUCAAGGAAGACCGCAUCAACUAUAGUUUCUCACAAGUGACGCUGCAACCAGCCACAGGCACCGAACCAAAACAGAAGAGGGGAACCACAACUCCAAACACUACCCCACGCACCACCCAAGGGAAAUUGAGGGUCCGGAAAACCGCAACCACAAUCACUACGCCAGCCACCAGCAUGAAAUGCCAACGCCAGACUCCAUGCUUCUCCGACAAACAACAACCUCUAAAAGCAGCCCGAUGGCUGAAGCCCCAAAGCGAAAAGGAGAAGUCAACCUUACCUAGAGUAGCGGCGUCUGGCUAA